UAGGACGAAUGGAAUAGGCCGGUCAAGGUAUAAUGUUGAAUAAGGGGAUGUACUUGUUUUCUUUUGCCAAGGAAUUUAAAAAGAAAAGGCUGUCAAGAUGCCUGAGACUGGCGGCGCAUCAGUUGUUCCCAAGAAGGGCGUGACACUUGAUGACCUCAUCGCGGCCAUCGACCGACAUGAAAGGAACCCGAGUAACAUCCCAAAGGUCGAUACUUUCCAUUUUUGUGGGGAGAGAGUCUCAAAAUGGCUAGAGCGGGUGGAACAAGCUUUGGUCGGGCGACCGGAUGUUGUAAAGUUUCAACGUAUCCUCCAGUAUGUCCUCCACAGCUACCAUCUGGAGGUGAAGAAAGUCAUAGAUGCGGCUCAAGGUAGCUGGGAGAGGUUCAAGGAGGGGAUGCAGAGGAAAUACCGCCUGGGAGACGGGUUGUUGACUACCACGGACCUUGAAGCGAUGAACAAAGAGGAUUUUAUGACUAUAGGGGCCUUUGUUCAAGAAUUUAAGAAGAGGGCGCGAAAGGUCCAUGAGAUUUCGGAGGAAGCACAGUGCGUCAUCUUCCUGGGGCUACGCACAGCAUCCGAGGCCGUCGAAUUGACGAGACAUGGAGGAGGUAGCACUAAGCUCACCUGGACCACCAUUGACAGAGGGGUGGAAGUUGGGUGUUUAGACCAGGUGGAACAACGUCAGGUACGCCUGCAAAGGCAGAAGAGAAAGGAAAGAGAUGCGACCGCUUCUGGGACCCCGGGAGUAACAAGGAUUGUUACAGACGUAUUGGUACAGCUAGGGUAUGCGACAGAGCCGGUGGUGCAAAGGAGGGUGGUGACGGCUGUUAAAGUAAAAGGAAAAGAGCUAUGGCAGGGAAAGGAGGAACCACCGUUUGGGGUGGAAGAAGUGGGGAGUAAUGAGGAAGUGACUCAAGGGCUACGAGGAGGAAGUGAGACGGAAGAGAUCAUAAUCAUCGAAUCAGAUGACGAGGAGAAGGAGGAAAGAAUGGAGCCUCCAUCCGCCUUAUUGGAGAGGAUGAAGGACUUGCUGGAUAAGAUGGGGAGGUACCAACAGAAGAUGGCGGGCCUCUGUAAAGAAGUGAAAGGAUGGAGGUCUAACAUCCCCACAGUAUUCCUCUAUGACUCCGGUCCGGAAUCAGCGCCUGGGCGACCCGGAGUAAAUGUGGUAAGGUCGUGCCUUCAACCAGGAAUAAGGGGGAGACCCCUCACUCCGCAAGCCCGGCUGGCACAGGCAGCGCGAACGAGGAAUCAAGCCAAGGUCAGUACCAGCCAAGAGCCUCCAAGAGGGGAACACGAACCAGGGAGAAGGAAAGAGGCUGUGGAAGUAGAGGACGAUGAUGACGAAGAGGAAGAGGACGAGAGGCUGCGCCGAGAAGAGGAUCAGAGAGCGGAGCAGCGGGCAAGGAAAAAGGGGAUCAGGGGAGAGGCCGAACCGGUCAUACAGGACGGACCGCCCAAAAAGAAGAAAUACGCGGUCCGGUUGGAAGAAGGAUUUGACGUAGAGAAGAUGAUUGACCGGCUGCUGGAAGGGCAUAAUGACCUCAUGACCCUGAAGGAGAUCCUAGCGUCAGCCCCGCGACUCCGCGAUGAACUAAAGGGGAGGUUAUCACGGCGCCUGGUGCCCAAUGUCCAUCUAGGUACGAUCCUGCCCAAGGAGGCAGAGUGGGCAGAGUCAGGUACGAAAAUGGACUGGAAGUGUGUAGCCUGCGGUACGGUGGAUUUGAUGGUGAAGGGUUCCAAGUGCGCAGCAAUGGUGGACACCGGGGCAGAGAUAAACAUUAUUCGGGAGGCGGACGCGAUCAGAUUCGGGCUGGAUAUAGACCGUUCUGACUCCGGUAUUCUGCAUGGAGCCAGCUGUAAGGCCGUGUUUUGUGGGACAACCUCAAAUGUACUCGUCGAGGUUGGAAAGGUGAAGGCCAGGGCAUGCUUCUUCAUAAUGCCAGACGUGGACCAUGGAAUCCUCCUGGGGAGGGCCUUCGUCAAGAACUUUGCCGCUAAGACUGAAAACCUGAAGAAGUUAGUCCGCCAGGAUCAGGAAUGGGUAUGGGGUGAGGAACAAGAAGAGGUGGUAGCAAAAAUGAAUGAGGAAUUUCGAAAAGGAGGGUUGGUGUUAGGAGCGCCAGAUUCUGACGCCACAGAGACGCGACUCUUCAUUGUCGAGACGGAUGCGGGACCGACUGCCUUAGGGGGAGUUCUAAUUCAGGCAGACAUGGAAGGGAAGGAAAGACCCUUGCGAUUUGAGAGCCGGACUCUCUACACGACGGAGAGGAACUACUCUCAGUUCAAGAGGGAGACCCUUGCUGUCCUCCAUUGUCUGCGAAUCUUCCGGAAUUAUAUCUUUGGCAGGAGGUUCAUUUUGAGAGUGGAUCCGACCGCCCUGGCCUACUCUCUAAGGAAUUACGUUCCAUCGGAUCCGACGAUUGCCAGAUGGCUGACGUACAUCUGGAUGUUCAAUUUCGAAUUGGAACGGAUUCCUGGUAGUAAGAACCGGGUAGACGGGCUGAGUCGGAUCAACUGGGAUAAGCAGGAAGGGGAGGCAGUGAAGAAUACGCCCCCAGUUGAUGGAUUUCUGGAUCAGGAAGAAGAUGUUCGUCUUCAUAUCAACAAAUGGUCGCCGCGAGUGCCUAGCUGUGUAGGCUAUCCUAUCUGGCAAGCGCCGAAGGGGUAUGAAAGGAGGAAUGAGUUAGUCCCUAAACCCUUUGAAGAAGAGGAUCCUUGGGGCGGUAAGGAUGUUCAGUGGAUGAUGGAAUUAGCGCUGGCCAGCUCGCAUAGCCUGGUGGAGGAUAGGAGGACGAUUGAGGAAGGACCUGGCCAGGUAGAACGGCAUGAGGACCUGAUGGGAGGAAUGUAUCUCCUCGUCAAUACGUUAUUGCAGGAAAGCCUAGACCAGUCGGGCUCGUUGAACCCGGCAGGAAAUGUGGACGAAAUACCCGAGAGCCAGGACGACGAAUUCGAAGAAGGGGAAAUUAAGGAGACUUUUCGUGCAGAGGAGUACGACGGGAUCUACCUAGAGCUGGGGCUUCUUCUGUCACGUGAAAUGCGGCUAAGAGAUGCGAGCGAUAGGGCUCAAAGGAUGCUGCAACGCUACUUAGUGCGAGACGGUCACCUUUUCGUGAGAAGGGAAGUGGGGAAUACCAGAAGGGUCGUCUGCGGUAGGAAUCGUCAGAUCGACGUCGUAGCAGCACUACACGAUGGCAUUGCAGGAGGGCAUCGAUGGGUACAAGCCACGUAUGCCAAGAUAAGUGAGCUGUACUACUGGGAUGGAAUGAUGGACAUGGUCGGGAAAUUCUGUCGAUCUUGCGGUGAGGAGCAUGGAGAGCAGGCAAGGGAGGUGCCACGAGAGGAGGUGCCACAAGAAGAGGUCCGGGGUACUCAGCGAGAGAGAGAGCUGGGCGAUGAGGGGAGACAUGCAGGGAAGGAAGUGAUAGAGGUUGGAGAAGACACGCCCCCACAUGCGCCAGCAGUGGGUUUGAGACUCGGGGGUGCACCAGGGAGCGCCCGACAAGCAAAGGAGGGGUUGCAGAGAGAGGAGACCCCUUCACCUUCGUCAGAAAAGGCUCCUUCGCCAGAAGGGAGGGCAGGAAGGAGGAGAGAGAGGGCAGCAGUAAGGAGAGAAGCUUUGAUCCUGAUUGAUAGGCACCUAGCAGCUCAUGCCCUAGAGCACCCAGACCUGGAGGAGCCAGCACCUGCAGAGUCACGCCAGGAAUCAUGCCAGCCCGAGAAGGAGAUGGAAGCAGAAAUCCCAAAGAGGGUCGACCUCCACACGAGGGAAAGGAUGCCAGCUGGAGAGACGGCCGAAGAAACGAGGGCAAGACGAACCAGGCGGAUAGAUGAGAUAUGGCAGGAGAGGCAGAGGUUGGAGGCAGCUGGGGAGCUCCCGAAGCAGCAGCAGGAGAGGCAGAGGUCGGAGGCAGCAGGAGCACUCCCGGGUAAGUCGCCCAGCGCGCCAGCCAAGACCCCUCAAAUUCCUGAAAUGUGGAGAAACUUCUGGGAGUAGAAAGGAGAGGAGCUUCCACUGCCAAUUAGAGCCGGGUUUGGGGUGGCCAGGAAGGCGGAAGAAAGGUUAAAUCGUAAAAUCAAGUUCCUGGCCA